AUGUUAAAGGAGUUGAGCCUACCACAAGAAGAGCAUACGAAGAUCUUUGUGGAUAACAAGUUGGCAAUAGCAUUGACAAAGAAUCCAGUCUUUCAUGAUAUGAGUAAGCACAUCGAUACUCUAUAUCACGACAUUCGAGAAUCUGUUACCAGGAUGGAUGUGCAAUUAGAGUACGAGGAGUCGCCUCCUGAGUUAGCGAGAGCGAAAACGUAUGUGUGGUGGAACAUCCACAGCUGUCCAGUUCCCGAAGCCGUACCUCCCCCACCACCUUCACAACCUCCAAUUACCCCCUCUCAACCUCCUAAUCCCUCUCCUGCUGGUGUGCCUCCUCGUGCUCCAGCCCCUUCCCUUGUAGAGAAAAUCAGAGCUGCAGAAGACAAAACACUGAAACGUCUGGCGCCAGUUACAAUCUCUCCAACAAGACGGCCUCGUGUGCUGAUUCCUGACUCAGAAUUUGAAAAAGGCGCGGAGCUUCACAAAGAUUUUAUCAUCUGUUUCUACAAUGGCAAAGCUCCGCCGUUCAAUCAAAUUCAAAGUGUAUUUAACCAUCUAUGGGGCAAAGGAAAAAGGCUUGAAAUUCAUAAUAACCCUCUAAACCGAACCACCAUUGUCAGGAUCCCGAGUGAGUACCUGAGGCAAAAGAUACUGGAAAAAUGUGUGUGGUAUGUCGGUGACACCAUGUUCCAUACUGCUUUAUGGUCUAAGGUUAGGUCCUUGACAGCUCCGCCGAUAAAAACACUCAGAAUAUGGGCUCACCUCACAGGUGUGCCGCUUGAUCUAAGGCAUCAGGCUGGGUUGAGUCUGGUUGCUGGCUUGGUUGGAGAGCCCAAAGAAACAGAUGAUUUCACAAAAAACAUGGUCAGCUUAACCCUCUCUCAUGUAAAGGUGGAAGUAGACUUAACUCAACCAUUACCUUCUGUUGUUGAAUUUGAGCGUCAAAGUGGAGAGGUAGUGGAAGUUUCUGUCCAUUAUCCUUGGGUGCCUCCCACUUGUUCCCACUGUAAGGAGCUAGGCCACAUUGCGCGUAAUUGUCUCACUUACACUCCACCUGCUCAAGAUUCAGAGGAAGAUCCUCCUUCAGCCACUUCAAAAACUGCAAAAAAGAAACAAUCCAAAAUCUACCGACCUGUAAAUCCUUCUGCUGAUAACCCCACCCCUUCUACUCAACCCCCCUUGAAUGGGUCAAAGGGUUUAUUGGCUACUCCUUCAGUUUCUAUCUGCCCUGGCUGGUCCUAUUUCUCUAAUCAUUUAUCUGACCCCGAUGGACGGAUCAUUCUCAUUUGGAAAGACCCUAUCAAAGUAAGCAUACUCUCCCAGUCUCGCCAGUGUAUCAACUGCGUACUAACUGUCCCAAAUGGCCCAUCUAUCUUCUACUCGGCUGUGUAUGCUUCCAAUCUAGCUGAAGAGAGAGCUGACUUGUGGGUUGAGUUGCUUCAUACUGCGAUCAAUUAUAAUCUGGAUGCUAGCACCUGGGUUGUUGGUGGGGAUUUCAACCAAACGCUUUAUCCCUCUGAGCACUCUACCAACAAUGGCACAGUUCCUGAUAACCUUAUGUACCAGUUUCAAGAUUGCCUACUGCAAGCAGGCUUGUUCGACCUCCGGUACCUCGGCCCCUCUUUCACCUGGUUUAACAAGUGCCCCUCAUUUCCUAUUGCAAAGAAACUGGACAGGCUGCUUGUCAACAGCUCCAUGAUCUCUACUUUUCCAAAUGCGAUUGCUACUUUUCUGCCUACUCAGAUCUCUGACCACGCCCCCUGUGUCCUAGACCUAUCUUACUCCCUCCCUUCAGCCGGUACCAAACCCUACAAAUUCCAAAACUACCUCACCCGUCACCCCCAGUUUCUCCAGCUUAUGCAAAGCUCCUGGUUUCAAUCUGGAAUUGAGAGUCAUACAUUAACCCAACUUUGUUGGAAGUUGAAGUUGAUAAAGAGAGAACUUAAACACCUAAAUCGAGAGAACUUUUCAAAUAUUCAAGAAAGAGUGAGUGAGGCUAACCAUUUGUUGCAGUGUAUGCAGGUCCAAGCGCUCCAAUCACCAACUCAGGAGAAUUUCGAGGCUGAGAGAGAACUCCACUUCCGCUGGUCCUUCCUUCGCACCAUAGAAGAAAGCUACUUUAGGCAAAAAUCGAGAAUCAAUUGGCUAAAAGAGGGGGAUUUGAAUACUGCUUACUUUCACCGUAUGUGUCAGGUCCGAGCAAGCUUCAAUGCCAUUAGAGCCUUCAUCACUCUGUCUGGAUGCUUGAUAACUGAUCCUAUGGAGAUGAGCAUACACGCUGUGUCGCACUUUGGAUCUAUGCUAGCGCCUGCAGUACUCUCUCCCUCCUUUGUAUACUCGGCUCCUUCCUGGUUUGCUGAACUCACGGGGUUUCAGCUAUCUGAGUUUGAAUCUCAACAGAUGGUUCUUACGCCUUCUUGGGAAGAAAUAAAGGCUCUGUUCUUAAAGCUCAACCCAAAUAAAGCCCCUGGGCCGGAUGGGUUAACCUCUGGCUUCUUUAAAGGUGCUUGGUCAGUGAUUGGUGAUGAGACUACAAACUCGAUCCAGCAGUUCUUCUCUUCCUGUUUCCUUCCGGCUGCAGCAAACGCCACGAUCCUCUCACUUGUACCUAAGUUUCCAGGAGCAAGCAAGAUAUCUGAUUUCAGACCUAUAAGUUGUCUCAAUACGGUUUAUAAGGUUAUAUCUAGAUUGCUAGUCAAGAGAUUAAAGCGGUUCCUGCCUAAACUAAUUCUACCAAGCCAAACGGCGUUUGUCAAGGAUCGGUUGCUACUGGAGAACACUACCCUUGCCGGUGAAUUAAUAAAUGGCUACCAUCGAAACAAAGGCUCAAAGAAGAUUACCAUAAAGGUGGACAUAGCAAAGGCGUUUGAUACGCUAUCCUGGGAUUUCCUCUUCUCCUGCCUCUAUGGUUUGGGUCUCCCUCCUCUCUUCCUCUCCUGGUUGCGAGCCUGUAUAUGUACUACAAGUUUCAUGGUUGGGUACAAUGGCACGGUGAACGGUUAUUUCAAAGGGAGUAGAGGGUUAAGGCAAGGGGAUCCCUUAUCUCCUUACCUGUUCGUAAUUGCGAUGAACUGCCUUUCUCAUAUGCUCAACAAGGCGGCCGCAGAGAAUCGAGUUAAAUUCCAUGCUAAAUGUGAGAAGGUUAAACUGACACAUCUUUCCUUUGCAGAUGAUCUCCUGAUCUUUAUCGAUGGUUCUAUCAACUCUGUCCAGCAAGUACUUCAAGUCCUUCGGGAAUUUGAAAACAGAUCAGGUCUUGCAGUGAGUCUUCAGAAGACAUCAUUCUUCGCCUCUGGAAUGGAACAAGUAGAAAUUGAAAUGAUCCAAGCUUCUACUGGCAUGUCGUGUGGGUCACUUCCAUUCCGGUACCUCGGUGUCCCUUUAAACUCCAGAAAGCUUUCCAUAGCUGGCUGUGAUACCCUACUGCAACAAGUGAAAGCAAAAUUCAAUUCCUGGUCAGUAAAGACUUUAUCUUUUUCAGGACGUUUGUUGCUAAUAAAAACGGUGAUAUCGGGGAUUACCACAUUCUGGUGCUCUUCCUUCAUACUUCCCAAAGCCUGCAUAAAGAAAAUAAACUCUUUAUGUAGUACUUUCUUAUGGAAAGGAGACACUGACUCUAGAAACUCUGCGAGGGUAGCCUGGGAAACAGUUACACUGACGAAGGAGCAAGGAGGCUUAGGAGUGAAAGACUUACUAACCUGGAACAAAUCAUGUUGUCUGCGGCUUAAUUGGAAGAUCUUUUUCAGACCAGACUCUGUCUGGGUGUCUUGGUUUAAAGAAGUCAUUCUCAACGGAUCAGUCCACAACUACUGGUCUACUAAACCAAGUAGCACCUACUCUUGGCUAGUGAACAAACUGUUGAAGUUGAAAAGUGUUGUAUAUCCUAUGAUUCGUCUCCAACUGCAGAAUGGGAAAAUGGCACGAUUCUGGCAUGAUAACUGGAGUCCGUUUGGCUGCCUCUAUGACUAUCUGGGCGCUUCUGCAACAAGGCUUGGAAUACCUAUAAAUGCGACAGUGGCCUCGCUAUUAAGGGAUGGCGCUUGGAGGCUACCACCUGCAAGAUCAGAACAUCAGUUGAACCUACUCUCUUUCUUAACCACUAUCCAAUUAACUGAUGUAGAUGAUGCAUACUAUUGGGAAAUUGAAGGUACACCGAUGUUGAGAUAUGAAACUGGAAGGAUUUACCACUACCUGAGGGGCAAUAUCGAAACCGUUCAGUGGGCAUCAGCGGUUUGGUCUCCUAGAAGCAUCCCGAGGCAAUCAUUUCAUGCUUGGUUAGUAGUACUUGAUCGCACUCCAACCCGCGAUCGUCUCAUCAGUUGGGGUCUCCAAGUAAGCCACCUAUGUCUCCUCUGUAAUGCUAACUCUGAAUCAAGGGAUCACUUAUACAUGGACUGCCCGUUUAGUUUCGAUCUCUGGACUUUGAUCGCCACUAAGUGUCAACUCCUGCCCCUUCGAAACUGGUCCGCUCUCAUAAAUCAAAUGACUUCUUUGCCACCUCCAAGGUCAAAGAAGCUCCUCUGUCUCCUUGCGUGGAAAGCUGUGAUGUAUUGGUUAUGGAGGGAACGAAACGAGAGGCUCCAUGCAAAUACUUUCAGAACCAUCGACUCUCUUCUCAAAACCAUUGAUCGCCAAAUCAGGAAUCAAAUUCAAAGCUUCCGUGAAUCAAAUCCUGCUCUCUCCUCGAAGAUGAUUCAACUCUGGUUCUCGUAA